AAUGUCAAUCCUUUUUUGGGUGAAUUCUUGUAAAUAAAAACUACAUACGCAAUUUUUUUUAAAAAAGUACACGACAAAUUUGUCUUCCACUAAUUCUGUCCUUUUUGCUGUACCUUUUGGACUAGCUGGACGUGGUUUGACCAAGUAAUAUUACAAAAUUCGGUAAAUUAUUUUACAAAUAAACUGACGUGGUCAUUGUUUAUAGAGAAAAAAUGGGGGACACUGGGGACAGCCUCAACGAUUGUUUGGAAAUCUUUACUCAGGAUGGAGUCCUACUCAAACAGGCGCAGGCUGCAUAUAUGUCUCACAUAAAUUCUAUAGGGACACUGUACAUUUCCGAGUCUUUAAACGCCGACAAGAAAGAAAAGUUUAUUGAAUGGAAACCUAACGACAUCACAGUGGACUCUGAUAUGCAGGACCAGGAAUGGGCCGUUGUUAACACAAUCCAGAAAAGAUUCAGAACUCUGAGCGGAAAUUAUCCGCCUGAUUACCAAAAUCGUAACAGAUGCAUUAAGAUCAGAUUAGAUGAAGUAAAAAGCUUUCGAGUUGCCAAUAAGUAUCGACACCUUACUUUCUAUGAUGGGAAGUCAGAGACACUGUGCAGUUUUCUAUUUCAACAUGGUAAUUGCGAGAGUCUCAUAAAGGGUGUGCUGGGUGCAAUUCUGAAAACAUCAGUUUCAAAACGUGACAAACACCUCUAUAUCGUCUAUGACUCAAAUACCUUGGAAAUCCAACAACUUGACAGAUCAUUUGCUGAGCUGCACUUGCAAAGUGAAGGAAGUGCCUUUUGGAAGAUGGUCAAAAACAUCAAAGAACAUCCAUAUGAAGCCACUUUUGAAGCUUUCGCAAAAGUUACAGAUUAUGUGCUGUUUUGGUUUUUUGUAGUCUACAGUAGUCCCGAGCAACGCGAGAUCGACGCCAGAGAAUGCGAAGAUUUACACCGUAGCAUCUCUGAGUAUGAGAACACUACCACGACAUCACACUCGCAAGGCGACUAUGAAGUCAUAGCCAAGGUGCCCCCUAGAAAAGACUUCCCUAGGCAAAGACCGUUGACUGUCGAACAGUGGAGAGAUCACCUAAACUGUGAUGGCAGGAUAGAAGAUGUUGAGAAUAUUAAGACCUUUGUAUUCAGAGGAGGAAUUACACCAUCUUUGCGAAAAGAAGUUUGGAAAUUCCUACUCGAUUAUUAUCCUUGGACUAGCACAGAGGCAGAGCGGCGGGCAUUAGUUAGAUCAAAAACUGAUGAGUAUUAUGCGAUGAAGUUACAGUGGAGAAGCAUAUCAAAAGUACAAGAAGACAACUUUUCUGAUUACCGAGACAGGAAGAGCCUUAUCGAGAAAGAUGUCAACAGAACUGACAGGACCUUAGAGUUCUAUGCAGGAGACAACAACUCAAACCUGCAGAUGCUGAAUGACAUAUUGAUGACGUAUGUAAUGUACAACUUUGAUCUGGGUUAUGUCCAAGGGAUGAGUGAUCUGUUGUCGCCCAUAGUACAGCUUAUGCGAGAUGAAGUUGACUCAUUUUGGUGCUUUGUUGGUUUUAUGAAUAAAGUGAUACGGAAUUUCGAUAUAGAUCAAGCUGGAAUGAAAGAACAACUGAGUAAUUUGCACACCCUCCUAGCUUUUGUCAAUCCAGAGCUUGCAACCUAUCUGGAUACUCAUGAGUCUGGAAACAUGUUUUUCUGCUUUAGGUGGCUGUUGGUUUGGUUUAAAAGAGAACUGAGUCAAGAAGACGUUAUGAGAUUCUGGGAGGUCUUAUGGACAGGAUAUCCGUGUGAAAACUUUCAUCUUCUAGUAUGUACAGCCAUACUGGAUUCACAAAAGGACAACCUCAUCAGGCCUGGAUAUGGAUUCACGGAGAUUUUGAAGCACAUCAACGAAUUGAACGGCAAGUUGGACGUAGACCAGAUGCUGAACAAAGCCGAAGGCAUCUACCAUCAGGUCAAGGAGGCCGAACAUCUUAGCGACGACAUCCGACUACUCCUUGGUCUACCGUUGCUAGGCAAUCAGAACUCUUCGUACGGCAGCGGAGGCAGCCACGAGCAGUCCCCGUUUGAGGAUAGCGCCGACUUGAGCAACGGAACUCAGCCCCAGUGCUCUGAGGAGAACGUUCGGAUCAGCCCUGAUGAAGGGGUGUUCGAAAGGGCCUUAGUGGCUAGUUUUUUAUAGUAGAGGAAUGGAACGGAUCCAUGGAAUUUGUUGGAGAAAUGGAUGGAUGACGAUCGUAUUGUGAUGUCCCGAAUAAUGUGAUGCUUUCAACGGCCCAGACCAAAACACUCUCGAUCAGACUAAAGAGAAACAUCCUCGGUUAAUGCGCUAAAUCUAUCUAUAUGUUCUAGGCGGAACUAUCAGUGAGUCAAAAAAGUGUUGGCACACGCUGUUUUUUUUUGUAUCUCUAACAAAAAUAUGAAUUUUUAAAUACUAAAUUUAUUUAAAAACUAAUAUUCAAAUAGCCAUUUUUGAUGGCAAUAGAUUUGACAAAUUGAAAAUAAUAUAAUAAUAGAAAUUAUGAAACUCAAAGGUCAAAAAAGGAUUGGUACACGAAAGAAACGAACAAGUAAAUAAAUUUUAACAAAAUUUAUUUGCAGCUAGUACUUUGUUAUCAUAAUGUGCAUCAGUUAUGCCCUGAUGCCAUCUUGGCAUGGAAUUUCUGAGUUAUAAUCUGGUCUAAAUUUGGCGCCAUUUCACCAUAAGAACAUUUUGCAGCUGCCGUUUUGCUGACAUUUGAUUUUUUCGGGCCUUCAGAACAAGCAAGUACCGCAAAUGUAUAAUGAGACUGAUAUUGAGGGAUUGUGCAGGAACAUUGUAAAGUUAUCAGUCCUUUAUUUUAGUGGCGGUGUGCUUAAGAUCAUUAUCCUGCUGGAGGAUAAACGUUUCCCUGGUUCCCAUUUUUCCAGUCCUACUGUUUAAGUUAUUGCGCAAAAUGUCAACAUACUUGUCUGAAUUCAUAAUUUCUUCGAUGGAGUCUAGGGCUCCCGUCGCCAUGUUUCACUGUUGGACUAACAUUAUUUUUCAAAUUAGGUGUUAGGUUUUCUCCAUACAAAUUUGCGAUCAUCGGAGCCUAAAUCUUGAUCUUUAAUCGCCACGAUUUCGGUUCUGAUGGUCGCAGAUAUGUAUAGAAAAACCUCUCACUUAAUUUGGAAAUGAAGCGUGUCGAUCCAACAGUGAAAUAUGGCGAUGAGAGUGUUUUAAUCAAGGACUGCAUGUCCUGGAGUGGUAUUGAAAAGCUAAGCUUCAUCGAAGUCAUGAAUGCAGACAAGUAUGUUGAUAUUUCGCGCAAUAACUUGAACAGCAGUGCGGAAAAAAGUGGGGAUCACGUAUACAUCUAUCUUCUAGCAGGAUAAUGAUCCUAAGCACACCACCACUAAAACAAAGAAAUGGUUACUUUACAAUGUUUCUGCACAACUCAAAAGUCCACCGCAAUCCCCAAAUAGCAAUCUCAUUAAACUUUGCGGUACCUGCUGGACCUAAAGGCUCUUAAGAGUUAAAUUUCUGCCAAACAACAGGUACAAGUUGUUAUUGUGCAGGAAUGGGACCAAAUUGGACCAGAAAUAACUCAGAAUUUUCAUGCCAUAAUGGCUUCAGGUCAUAAUUGAUGUAAAUGGUAUGAUAACAAAGAGCUGACUGUAAAUAAGAUUUGUUAAUACUUAUUUACUUGCUUAUCUUUUUAGUGUGCCAAUAUUUUUUUGAUACUUGAGUUUCAUAACUCCUAUUAUUAAUCUUAUAUUAUUUUUAAUUUGCUCAUUAUUUUGCCAUCAAAAAUGACUAUUCGGAUAUUAGUUUACAAAUAAAUUUGGCAUAAAAAAAUUCAUCUUUUUGUAUUGAGAUUCAAUAAAAAAUAGGGUGUGUCAGUAUUUUUUUGAACAACUGUAUGAUUUGUUCAACAACAAUGGUCAGAAAAAAGAAAACAUUUCUUGCUUAUAGCGCUAAAUAAGUAGGUAGGUUUACCUACUGUUUGACUUCACGGUUCAAAGUUUUGUGCUCUGUGGCUAGAAACAACCCAUUUAUCAAAUCGUUCAUUUGGAAGAAGGUACAUCUCAAAAUAUUCAUUCUCCGUUUUAUUGCGUUAAUUAUUCAGAAAAUGUGUUUACAUUUAUGUAGAAAAUGGUUACAUCUGUAGUUGUAGCCGUUUGCCGAGAGAUGGCAGAUGUAACCAUUUUCCACAUAAAUGUAAACACAUUUUCUGAAUUAUUAACGCAAUAAAACGGAAAAUGGAUUUUUUUUUUAAAUAUAACCCUCUUACAGAUGAAUGAAAUAUCAAAAUCAUUUCAACUUGUCUCACUUUUUUUUUUGUAAACCUAUCAAAUCCGCAUACUGCCAUUUCUGCUACCUUUGCAGCCUUUUCCUGGUAUCAAAUUUAAGCUUAAAAAUUAACUUGACAAUGGCAUUAUUGAUCUGUCGUCUUUUCUGCAAAUAUUUGACUACUAGUGCCCAUACUCAUUACUCAUGGAUCCAAACUGCAAGAAGUAGUAAUACUUCGAUACCGAGGAGCCACCAUGUUGUGGGUCUUUUGGAAAAAUGAGGUAAGAUUCGACAGUGUGGUUCCAAGGUGGCGAUGUGCAAAAUUAAAGAAAAUACGUUUCUUUGACCUUAUACCUUGAAAGGUUGCUGGGGUAGCUAAAACAUCAGUAAAUACGGUUUGUUUAACAUCUGUGAUUUCAUUGUCCAGGGCAAUAUUAAUAUUGAUCUUACUCAGACGCCUGACACCUUUCUGGGCAAAAUCCGAAAACAAGUGAUUCCAUAGGAAUAAACAUAUGGUACGAUUUUAGCCUUAUUGUUGAAGUCGACUACGUACGUGACAAAUUUACAGAAUGUAAGGCAACUAAGACUGCAGCAAUUGAAUGUAGUUUUGAUCUACUUUAGCCAUAUUGUAACUAACAAGGGUUUGUUGUGUAGGGUACUAAUAUGUCUUGAAUUGUUCAUGACCAUUCAGUGCAGUUUAUGUUACGAAAUCAAACCACACUAGGACUGAGUGUCGUCCGAGAAUGCAGCCAACGUUCAUAGUGGGACUAAAAAUUUCGUCAAAAUGUUCUGGAUUAUUUUGAUCAGUAAUAAGUGACUAAUUUCACCCCAACUGCCUGUACUUUUGCUCUGAUUUCGGUAUUGAUUAAAUUGAUUCAAUCGAUUGUGUAAACCAAUCAAUUCUCCGCUGUGCUAUUUCGUGUCUAUUAAUUCCCCUCCAGAGUUCAGAGUUCAACGUUUUCAAACUGCGUGAUUUGCUGGACAAAUGAAACCACAGAUGAAUAAAUUACUACUAUGCUUUUUCAGAAGUACAUGUCAAUGAUGAUUACUUUUAUACAUAGGCGCCCAUAUAGCAAAAUCCAGGGGGCGGGGCGGGCAUGUUUGGUUUACAAGUUGUGCAGGAUCAAAAAUGCUGAGAACUAGCCAACCCGUUGGUGACAAUUGAAGACGGGGAAGACGACGAGGGGGGGGGGGUCGGCGAUGCGCAAGGCUAGAUUGACUUGUGGAGCAGGGGGUUCUUCCGCCUCCCCAAAAUAUAGCAAUAUGCUUGGAUAAACUGCACGUUUAGGAGAAACUGAUAUGAUCGAAAUUUGUGCGAUAAAAAACGGUAGUAAUUGAUCGUUUUGCUGUAGAACGGAGGCAAAUCAGUUUGAAAGAUGAUAGCUACAGGGGGCAUAAUGUUGAAUCUGAAUAUUUGACUGGAAAAUGUAUAAAACAUAGUGCAAUUAGCAAACAGUGUUUUUGUUAUCCCUCGGCCGUUGAUUGUGUCUGCAGUUUGACAAGAGCCGUUCCAUUCUCAUUUAUGUCAUAAUGAAGUAUUGUUUUCACCUUGUUUGUUAAAAUCGUAUAAAAUGAUAGUCAAGAUGAAUAACUUUAAAACUGACAAAAGAAAUGCAACAGUAAACUAUAUGAAGAAUAUUUUUAAGUCGUUUAUGUGAUGAAAUUACACGUUAAGUGAAAAUUUUAUAAACGUUUUAUACAUAGCAGUAAAACUAAAUAUCUAUCUAAAAUGUCUCAUGUUGGAAUUGUUAGGUCAUAGCAUCAUUUUAUAGAUAUGGUGUGGAUUCUUUAUGUCAUACUUGUGAAUACAACUUGUGGUUACCAAACACUUCAUUGAAUUUUAAAAAGCUGGAAGUUUUAUGCCAGCAGCAACUUUAUGAGAAAUCAACUCGUACUAAAUAAGUUUUACACGUUUUUAGCUUUAUACUUGUAUACCAGAAACUCGCAGAGGAAAAUGUAUUUACAAUUUUUUGUAAUUUUGAAUUUUGUUUAUGUCUGAUUGGAUAAUGAUCAGUUCAUUAUAUUAGAUGUUGGAUACACAAAAAUAUUCACAGCGAAAUUUUUAUGGUUAUUCCUUGACAGCAUAAUGUGUAUUUUAUUCUCUUGUGUAAUUAUUUAGUUGUUAUGAUUCAGUGGUUUUGUGCGUUAAUAUAUUUUAGUUUAGUAAUAAAC